UAUCUUCGUGACGGGACGCGCGAGAGUAGAGUGACUAGAGUGAGUAGACUCGAGUUCGGGGUCUGGAUCCGGAGUUCAGGUUCGGGAGUUUCGAGACUCGAGAGUGUAAAGAGGUUGUCGUGUAACGCGUGCGAUUGGAUUUCUUGGCUAACCGGGAUAGCAAAUAUAUACUCGAGUUUUGGAGAUUUAUCCUGACAAUCAGUUCAAAGAACGUGUUUCUCUAUCGCAGUUACGUGCCAGGCGGUCGGCAGAUAUGGCUUCGACUAAGGUCGACUGGGGACAGUACGCCGACGAACAGGACAAAUUAGCAUCGAAGGUGACGAGUUUGAACCUGGAUAAACCGAACUCAACACCCGUCCCUACCCCAUCUGUGAAAGAUGGAGACGUCAAGAGCGAUGACGAUACGUCGGAGGAGCAGAUCUCACCGGCGGAAAAGUCGCUCCUGCAGAAAAUUAUCAGGAAAGGAUUGGUCGAGACGACAAAGGCUGUAGAGGUUCAAAGGAAGGAUCCAAAUUCGCCAUUAUACAGUGUCAAAACCUUUGACGCACUUCAUCUCAAACCUGCCUUGUUAAAAGGUGUUUACGCUAUGGGAUUCAAUGCACCCUCGAGAAUUCAAGAAACCGCUUUACCCACUUUACUCGCCGAUCCGCCGCAGAACAUGAUUGCGCAAUCCCAAUCUGGUACGGGUAAGACGGCCGCGUUCGUACUCGCCAUGUUGAGUCGGGUAGAUCCCGCAAAAGAUUACCCACAGGUACUUUGUUUAUCGCCGACUUACGAGCUGGCGAUCCAAACUGGCGAAGUAGCGGCGAGGAUGUCGCGCUUUUGCCCUGAGAUAAAAAUUAAGUACGCUGUGAGAGGAGAAGAAAUAAGCCGUGGCUCGAAGAUCACCGAUCACAUUAUUAUAGGAACUCCGGGUAAAGUGCUUGAUUGGGGACAAAAGUUUAAAUUCUUUGAUCUAAGCAAAAUAUCAGUGUUUGUAUUGGACGAAGCUGACGUUAUGAUCGCUACACAAGGCCAUCAAGAUCAGUGUAUCCGUAUUCACAAAUUACUGCCACGUACAUGUCAAAUGAUGUUCUUCUCUGCGACAUACGAGCCAGAAGUGAUGAACUUUGCGGAGAUUAUAGUCAGUAAUCCGCUAAUAAUACGAUUAUUAAGAGAAGAAGAGAGUUUGGAUAAUAUUAAACAGUACUAUAUCAAGUGCAAAAAUUUAGACGAAAAAUAUACGGCUAUCACUAAUAUCUAUGGCGUGAUCACCAUUGGACAAGCGAUUAUUUUCUGUCACACGAAAAAUACAGCCAGUUGGUUAGCAGAGAAAAUGACGAAAGACGGGCAUGCGGUAGCAAUAUUGUCUGGGGACUUGACAGUCGAACAAAGGAUUUCUGUGCUGGAUAGAUUUAGAGCAGGACUUGAGAAAGUUCUUGUCACUACGAAUGUUUUAGCUAGAGGCAUCGAUGUAGAGCAGGUGACGAUAGUGGUUAACUUUGAUUUGCCGAUGGACCAAAAAAAGCAAGCCGAUUGUGAGACGUACUUGCACAGAAUCGGAAGAACAGGGCGAUUCGGCAAAUCGGGGAUCGCCAUUAAUUUAAUCGACUCGCCGAAGGCAAUGCAACUGUGCAAAGACAUAGAGAGACACUUUGGCAAGAAGAUACAUUAUCUUGACGCGGAAGAUGCGGAUGAGAUCGAAAAAAUCGGAGCUUAGGCUAAUAUUAUGCUUUUAUUAUGAAUGUAUCUAGGCUUUAAUAUAAUAUUUUUUAAAUCGGA